AUGUCGCCGUUCAGCAACGAGAAGAUAGCUGAGAAGCGAGCUUCGGCAGCAGAAGCCUUCUCCAGCUGGGUAAGCCUGAAGCAGGCUCUUCAGGUGAAAAACACCCUCGGAGAAGGCGAGAGCCGUUAUGUCGAUGCUGAUCCUCUCUGGAUCAAUGAAGACCUGGAGCCCACACCGGCGGAGAAGAGAACUUGGGAUUUCAAGACGUACUGCCUGUUCUACUUUGGUAUCUCUUUUGGCAACUGGACACUGGGAUCUACCAUGAUUGGAAUUGGUCUUAGCUGGUGGCAGUCGAUUGUGGUCAUCUUCGUGUCACAGACCAUCGCAUCCAUCGUAAUGGCUCUCAACUCACGCGCCGCGUCAAGAUACCACCUCGGCUAUCCAGCGAUUGCCAGAGCGGUCUUCGGCAUGUAUGGAAGUUAUUACUUCGUAGGCGCUCGUGCUGUGUUGGCCGCAGUAUGGUAUGGUAUUCAAUUGUACUCAGGUUCAGGUCAUGUUGGGAACAUGCUAAGAGCCAUCUUCGGAGAUUUGUACAACAAUAUUCCCAACCACAUCCCCGAGUCCGCCGGAAUCACGACAAAGGGAAUGCUUGCCUUUAUUCUGUUCUGGCUAAUCCAUCUCGUCUUCUGUUUCUUCAGACCAUACCAGCUCAAGAAGUUUUUCUGGUUCAAAGGAUUCAUAAUGUUGCCGGCAGUUGCAGGCGUGUUCAUUUACUGCAUGAUUGAGAGUAAUGGUAAGGUAGGCAAUACGCUAGCCCAGAGCACUGUGGGUGGUGGCAUGGGCUGGGCCAUUAUGCAUGGCAUCAACUCAGGUAUGGGUAACACCGCUACUUUGAUCACGAACCAGCCCGACAUUGCGCGUUGGAGUACAAGUCCGAGGGCCUCCAUCUGGUCUCAGAUCAUGGUGCAGCCGCUUUCGGUGACACUCUCUGCAAGCUUUGGUAUCCUAGCAACUGCCGGCAUUAAUGGCAAAUGGGGUCUGGAACUCUGGAACCCAUGGGAUCUCUUGGAUGCCAUUCAGGACCACCACAACAACUCGGGAGCUAGGUUUGCAAUAUUCCUGGCGGCUUUCUGUUGGACGAUAAGCAUUUUGGGUACCAACAUUGCGGCCAAUAUGAUAUCUUUCGGUUCAGAUGCCGCCCUGCUUUGGCCUCGGUAUAUCGACAUGAAGCGUGGUUUCUUUAUUGCUCAGUGCUUGGGAUUUGCCAUCGUUCCUUGGAAGAUCCUUCAGUCGGCUUCAAUCUUCACAACCUUUUUGUCGGGCUAUGGCCUCUUCAUGGCUAGUGUCGUAGCGAUCAUGCUCGCAGAUUAUUUCGUCCUCACCAAUGGAAAUAUCGCAACUGGGUGGCUCUUCAAUCCGCAAAAGACAAACGUGCACUAUCGCUACUACGGAGGGUGGAACAUGCAGGCCGUCAUAGCUUACAUUGCUGGAAUUGCAAUGCCGUUCCCCGGAUUUGCUGCUUCUCUGGGAGCAACAGGAGUGAACCAAUCUGGCGAGGACAUGUUUUAUAUCGGUUGGCUGCUGUCGUUCUGCACUGCGCUCGUGGUCUACAUUGGGCUCUGUAAAAUUUGGCCAACACAGAAUCAAAAGCUCAUCCGUGAACGGCAGAUGGUUUGGGAGGAGUGCGCACAGGAUCCGAUUGAGGACGACACAAGCAGUUCGGCACAGGAGAUGGGUAUCUCACAUGUCUCAACAGAUCUUGCCGCUUCGAGGAAAGAGGCUGCUUUCUAA